AUGUCGGAGAGCCAGUUGUUUGUCUUAUGUUUCUGUUUUGUAAUAGAUGAUUCAACACGUGUUCCUCUUGGAGAAAACAAGGACUACAUUAAUGCUAGUUAUAUUAGGAUAACCAAUUCUGGAGAAGAGUAUUUCUAUAUCGCUACCCAAGGGCCACUGCCAACUACCACAGAUGACUUUUGGCAAAUGAUUUUGGAAAAUAACUCUAAUGUUAUUGUCAUGAUAACCAGAGAGAUAGAAGCUGGAGUUCCCAAAUGCCAUCAUUACUGGCCCGUUUCUACGAAGAAGCCUUUGGAACUGAAACACUGUCGUAUCUUCCUGGAGAACUACCAGAUACUUCCAUAUUUCACCAUUCGAAUAUUUCAAGUUGUGAGGAAGUCUACAAGAACUAGGCACUUUAUAAAACAGUUGCAGUUCACCAACUGGCCAGACCACGGCACUCCUGCACCACCAGAGUGUUUCAUACAGUAUGUCCGCUAUGUGAGGAGCAUCCACCUGACAGGACCCAUCGUGGUUCACUGCAGCGCAGGCGUGGGCCGGACCGGGGUGUUCAUCUGUAUGGAUGUGGUGUUCUGUGCCAUUGAAAAGAACUUUGCAUUCAACAUCAAAGAUAUCGUGGCCCAAAUGAGAGCACAACGUUAUGGCAUGGUUCAAACAAAGGAGCAGUAUUGGUUUUGUUAUAAAAUUGUGCUUGAAGUUCUUCGGAAGCUUGUAACUUUGGAUUUAGAAAGACUGAAGUUGCAUCACACUUGACAUACCAGGUGGCCUGGAGCUUCCUCAGACAGAGCAUGACAGGUUGUGCUGAAGGAAGGGCUCUGCUGUGUGCACAAUAUGCUCUCUCGGUGUAUCAUUUGAUUUCCUUUCGGACAACUCCUGAAGGCAGCACUCUUUGGUUUGGGGUGAAUAGUGUCUACCCACUGAUUUUACUUAGAUAAUAUCAAAAUACCCUCCCACAUUUUCCAAUGAAAUAAAAGUUUCUUAAAACAACUGCAGCCUAUUUGGUUGAAGGGAUUACAGAGCCCAAUAAAGGACUUAAACUAUAUUCAUUAAGCUUUUAUCUGGAAAGAUAGCUAAAGGGAGCUGAGGAUUUCCCAGACCUUAGGAAGCCCUGAUUCUGGGAGGACCUAGAACCCAUAAACUGACUUCUUACAGGCAUUUUCAAGACAGAUACUUAUCCAUGGUUAUUAGCUAGAAUCUAUACUAUUAGCUGACAUUUGAAUAACUCAGUUCACUGAAGAUUCCUAUUAGGAUGGUUUAAUGUGUUAUGCAAAUUGGACUCCAUUUUUCUGUACCUCCAAGUCCCAUGGACUCCCAGGGAGCUCAGAGGACCAGCUGCCUUUCUAGAACCACUGGACAAAGACCUGUUGGUGUGGGGAGCUUUUUGUGGGUGGGCAGACUUCCUCCCUCCAUCACAUGAGCACACUGAGGAACAGUCCAAAACGAAAAUAGCUGUUUAUAGAGAAGGUCCAAGAGGAAACUUUUGCCUGGCUUGAGUUCUUUCCUAUCCCACCCUAACACUUAACAUUACUCAGUCUGCUUUGUUGAAAGCAAAUAUUACAUUCUGCUUGCUUUUUAGUUUUUGCCCUUUAGCUAACUAAUAGACUUUGAUAUAAGCAUUAUUAUGUAAUUUUGAAUCCCUUACGCCAGAUAUAUUUUUCAAACUAAGAUCUAGGAGAGUUAUUUUUUUCUUCAGA